AUGCGCGAGCCUUUGAAAAGUGGGGAAAGAAAAAAAAAAUGCUUCAAGGUGAAAAUGACGCCAUUCACGCAUAGCUCUUGGAAUAAUCUGGACGUCACGUCUCUCCAUCGCCAUAAACAAAUGCUGAAAAUCAUUAAAGAAAGAAUCUUUGAAACGAUUACCGAAGGAAAUGCCCCUCAAUCUUCUCAAAUAUCGGAUUUUGGGGUCCUUGAGCAAUAUCUUGGAUAUCGGGUUGGCGAUCCUUCUAGUAUCAACAAAAGUCCAAUGUUUAAUCCGACUGCAAAUGGACAAACAGUUGGCCCUGAUCUCCUGUCUAGCCCAUUUGAUAAGGCAUUUGGUCUAACCAACACAAGUGUUUCGGGGGGUCGUGGGGGGCUUCAAGCAACAGAAUUGCAAAAGAGUUCACAGCUGAAUUUAGGUUCUUCUUCAAGUGCUCGACAUGAAAACUGGGGAGAGUCAAACCAUGCAGAGUCCAGCUCACGCACGGAUACCUCGACUGAUAUGGACCCAGAUGACAGAAAUAAGCUUGUGGAUCAAUCUGGUGCUGCUGCUGUUUCAGAUUCAAGUGAUAAAUCAAAAGACAAAACUCUAGAUCAAAAGACUCUACGAAGGCUAGCCCAAAACAGGGAAGCUGCAAGGAAAAGCAGACUGAGGAAAAAAGCAUAUGUACAGCAGCUUGAAAAUAGCCGACUGAAGCUAACUCAACUCGAGCAAGAACUGCAACGAGCACGCCAGCAGGGGAUUUUCAUUUCGAACAUUGGAGAUCAAUCUGUUGCUGGGACUGCAAAUGGUAUACUGGCUUUUGACGCAGAGUACGCACGGUGGAUGGAAGAUCAAAACAGACUGAUUAGCGAGCUGAGGACAGCUGUCAACGCGCAUGCGGGUGACGUUGAACUCCGUACUAUAGUGGACAACGUGACUGCACAUUUCAACGAUAUUUACAGGAUGAAAGGCAAUGCGGCAAAAGCCGACGUAUUUCACAUAUUGUCCGGAAUGUGGAAGACACCGGCCGAGAGGUGUUUCAUGUGGAUAGGUGGUUUUCGCCCCUCUGACCUUCUCAAGGUAACGUGGGUAAGAGAAGCCGAACACUUGGAUUGGCUAAUGCGGCUCCGGAUAGCCAUGGGCAUGGCUUACUGCCUGAGCCACAUGCACCAGCUUAAACCCCCACUGUCCCACAGGAACCUAACCUCUUCAUCUGUCUACCUAACCGAAGACUACGCGGCCAAAAUCUCCGAUUUCGUCUUUUGGGAUUCUUCUCCCAACAGCCAAACGGCCCCUCCAGACAAUGUCUACAGCUUCGGAGUCAUACUUUUCGAGAUGAUGACUGGUCGGCUCCCUUACUCGGCCGGUGGUGGAGGCUCGGGGAUCGAGGAUUGGGCGGAGGAUUAUCUCACGCGGGGGGACUCACUGAAGGAUAUCGUGGACCCCAAGCUGGCUACGUACAGCGUGGAUCAGCUGUUGGGGAUUGGGGAUGUGAUUCGGGCCUGCGUGGAGCCCGACCCAAUAAGGAGGGUGUCCAUGAGGGAGGUUUGUGAGAGGCUGAAGGGGGUGACAGGGAUUGGGCCUGAUGGGGCUGUCCCGAAACUUUCGCCGCUUUGGUGGGCCGAGAUCGAGAUUAUGUCCAAUGAUGUUAGUUGA